UAUAUCCGGCAUAGCUACCAUAGGAGAAAUCACACGUGCGGGUCUUUUCCUACCGAAGGUCUUCAUCUUGACUUCUUCUCAUUCUCAUUCUCUUGAGAGUAGGUACUCAUCAUUCUCUUGCCACUCUCUUCAAGAGUUGUUUGUUGCUCACCUCAGUCGUUCAUUUUGUUCGUUUUGUUCAAGAGUUCUCGCGUUUCUGGGUCGAUUCCCUUAUACAGAUCCACAUUCAUUCAUUCUGAGGCUCCCGAACCCCAGUCAUGCAUUCUUUAAAAUACCUAUUGUUAGGUCUUCAUGUUUUGUCGUCACAAGCAAAUUCGGUCAUCCCAAUCGAGAAUUUUGGGGCUCCAGGAAUUGACGCGACUUAUGACUACGUCGUUGUCGGUGGGGGAACUUCGGGGCUCACAAUAGCCGCGAGACUUGCAGAGACGUCUGGUGCUACCGUAGCUGUGCUUGAAGCAGGUGGACUCUACGAAGUUGAAGCCCCUCUGCUCUCAGUCAUCCCCGGACUCGCAGCAGCUGUUAAUACGGGCACGAGCCCAGAUGAUGAUUCUCUGCUCAUUGAUUGGAACUUCGAUACUGUCCCACAAACGGGUGCUAAUAAUCGUGUUCUGAGGUAUGCCAGAGGGAAAUGUCUAGGUGGUUCGUCGGGAAGGAACUUCAUGGUUUACCAUAGAGGCACCAAAGGAACAUUCGACAAAUGGGCGGAGCUGAUUGGCGACACUGCUUGGUCAUGGGCGAGCGUCUUGCCAUUCUUCAAGAAGAGCACAACUCUCACCCCCCCUGACAUGUCCAAGCGUCAAUCCAACGCCAGCAUCUUCUAUGAUCCCGUGGGAUUCGACAACUCCCUCAACGGUCCCCUUCAGGUAACCUGGCCGAACCAUGGUUCUCCCCUUUCAACAUACGUCGAGGUUGGACUUGCGUCCAUCGGACUUCUUCCGGACACGGACCUCAACACUGGUACCCUGAACGGCUCAUCAUGGGCUUCCGUCACAGUUAACCCUAAGGAUCAGUCUCGCGAGUCAUCAGAGACAAGUUUCCUGGACCAGGCUCUCGGCAACUCGAAGCUCAAAGUCUAUCAACACGCAUUCGCCAAGCAGAUCCUCUUCAGUGGAACGACUGCUACCGGGGUGAAAGUUGACACCUUUGGAGUCGGUUACACCAUCAAGGCGAAGAAGGAGGUCAUCGUCAGUGCGGGAGCCUUUCAGUCUCCACAGCUGCUGAUGGUCUCCGGCAUCGGACCGCAAGCCACCCUCCAAAGCAAAGGUAUCUCCGUCCUCAAGGACCUUCCAGGUGUUGGCCAAAACUUGAUGGACCAUUUCCUCUUCGGCAUCACCUACCGCGUGAACGUUGUCACCGCCACCCGACUUUUGCUCGACCUCGUUUCCGCCGCCGAUGCGCUCACCCAAUACCUCGCCCAAAAAGGCCCGCUCACUGCCCCGGGAUUCGGCGUCAUCGGCUACGAAAAGCUUCCCGCCAGCGCAAACCUGUCGAACUCAUCCAGGGCGGCCCUCGAUGCCGCGUUUCCAUCUGAUUGGCCCGAUGUCGAGUAUAUCGGUAUCGACGGCAUCAUGAACGGCUGGAAAAACGCGGACGAUCAGAAGGUGGACGACGGAUACAACUACGGAGGCAUCUCCGCGGCGCUCGUCGCCCCGCUCUCCCGUGGCUCCAUUACCAUUAACAGCUCAAAGAUGGAGGACCCGCCGCUCAUUGACCUGGGCUACCUCACCCAUCCCGCCGACGCCGAAGUCGCCGUCGCCGCGUUCAAGCGCACCCGACAAGCGUGGGCCGGCACCGACAUCACGCUCGGCGACGAAUAUCUCCCUGGCCCUGCCAUGGACACGGAUGCAAGUAUCCUCGAAUAUAUCCGCGAGACCUUGGUUCCGGUGUGGCAUCCGUCAGGGACGUGCAAGAUGGGUGCGUCCAGCGACCCGGAGGCGGUAGUAGACAGCAACGGACGCGUGCAUGGAGUAAAGAACUUGCGAGUUGUAGAUGCGUCGAUUUUCCCGGUGUUGCCGCCUGGACAUCCGCAGAGCGCGUGCUACAUGGUUGCGGAGAAGAUCGCGCAGGAUAUCAAGGACGGGAACUAAGACGGGGAUUCGGGUGGGAUCCUGGUUCAAUUCUGUCACGGGUUAUUUGAGCAUGGGAGUCGUACGAAAUGUGUAUAGGAUUGUUGGAAGCAUAAUAUCCUAAUGAUAUCUUAAUUGGUUUCGUAGCUAGAUCUCCUCC